ACUAUUCACAGUACCAGAGAGAGAGAGAGAGAGAGAGAGAGGAGCUCAGGGAAAUACGAAACGUUUCGCUUUCUCUCUCCACAUGCAAUUUGAGCUCUGAAACCCUCGCAUUGUUGAUGGCCUCGAAGGAAAAAGGAAAGGCGAUCGCCACAAGCGGAUCGUCCGCCGGCGGCAAGCGGAAGCCCGGCGAUGAUGACAAGACCGGCGGCGGCAGUCGGAAGCGGAGAAACCCCGGCGUUCUCCAGUUCUUCGAGCACUCCGCCGCCGAAGCUGACGGUUCGGACGACGACAGCGACUUGGACGAUUUUAUGGAAGAAGAACUUGAAACAGAACCUAUAGUCAAGAGUGAACCGGGGAAAGCCCAUAACCUUCCAUUUGUCCCCAAAGAGGAGGAUAUUGAUGGGGACGAAUUUGAAAGAAUGAUGGAAGAACGAUACAGGACUGGUUCUACAUAUGUUACCUAUGCUGAAGAUAAUUAUGAAAACAAAAGAUCGGUUGAUGGAAUUGUGCUUGAGCCUUCUGCUAAAGAUCCUGUUAUCUGGAAAGUAAAGUGUGCGGUUGGACGCGAGAGACACUCAGCUUUCUGUAUGAUGCAGAAGUUUGUUGACUUACGAUCAAUGGGUACCAAGCUGCAGAUAAUAUCUGCAUUUGCUGUUGACCACAUCAAGGGUUUUGUUUUCAUUGAAGCUGAUAAGCUAUGUGACGUUCAGGAGGCAUGUAAAGGACUUUGUAAUAUAUUUUUAUCCCGAGUAACGCCAGUUCCCAAAAAUGAAGCUCCUCAUUUACUGGCUCCUCGGACUAGAAACAGUGAAAUUACUGUGGGUACAUGGGCCCGUGUGAAGAGUGGGAACUACAAGGGUGACUUGGCACAGGUUGUGGCUGUGAACGAAAAGAAAAAAGCAACAGUAAAGCUGAUACCAAGAAUUGAUCUACAAGCAAUGGCUGCAAAAUUUGGUGGGGGAGUUACUGGAAAGAAACUGCCUACUCCAGCACCGAGAUUGAUCAGCACAAGCGAACUUGAGGAGUUCCGCCCUCUCAUUCAGGACAGGAAGGAUAAGGAUACCGGAUUGCGUUUUCUCUGUCUUGAUGGUUUGCUCCUUAAGGAUGGAUAUUUAUACAAAAAAAUGCCAUUAGAUUCAUUAAAUUGCUGGGGUGUCAUGCCAUCAGAAGAGGAGAUACUGAAAUUCAAGCCUUCUGAGAACAAUGAAUCUGCUGAUCUGGAGUGGCUUUCACAGCUUUAUGGUGACAAUAAGAAAAGGAAGAGCAUCGGCAGUGAUAAAGGGGAUGGCAAAGGAGAAGGUUCAGCAGGGUGUGGUGGGAAAGGAGAAGGUUCAUCAAGGGGUAACGGGAAGGGAGAAGGUCCUUCAGGUGGGAAAGAAGGUUCUUCAGGGUUUACUGGGAAAGGAGAAGGUUCUUCAGGGUGUGGUGGGAAUCUCUAUGAGCUGUAUGAUCUUGUUUGUUUCGGCAAGAAAGAUUUUGGUCUUGUGCUAGGCAUUGAGAAAGAUGAUACUUACAAGAUUCUGAAAGAGGGUGUGGAAGGAUCUACUGUUGUGACAGUUCAGCAGAAUGAGAUAAAGAAUGUACUUUCUGAUGUAAAAUUUACAGCUUUAGAUCAGCGCCUGAAGCCCAUUCGCGUGAAUGAUACAGUUAAAGUUUUGGAAGGACCAUUGAAGGAUAGGCAAGGAAUAGUGAAGCAAGUCUACAGAGGCAUAAUAUUCAUGUUUGAUGAGAAUGAGACAGAAAAUGGUGGUUAUUUCUGCUCAAAAUCUCAAAUGUGUGAGAAAAUCAAGCUUUCCAUUGACGUUAUCCCAGAAAAGGAUGGGGAUUCGGGUGCUUUCGGUUUUGAAGAUUUCACAUCAUCACCUAAAUCCCCUCUAUCGCCAAAGAAGCCUUGGCUAGGAAGGGAGAAUAACUUCAAUCAGGGCGAUACUGACGGAAUGUUCUCAAUCGGUCAAACUUUAAGAAUUCGUGUUGGUCCAUUAAAGGGAUACCUCUGUCGUGUCUUGGCCAUACGCCGUUCUGAUAUUACAGUUAAGCUUGAUUCUCAGCAAAGGGUUCUUACAGUUAAAGCUGAGCAUCUUACAGAGGUUCGUGUAAAGAGCGCUGCCAUGCUUAGUGAGGAUCCGGAGUCCAGCUCUCUUAAACCAUUUGAUUUACUUGGAACUGAAGGAGGCUCUAAAGAUUGGACAGAUGGAGCUGGGACAUCAGCCGGGGGUGAUGGGUGGAAUGCUGGAGGGUCAUCUGGUGAAAGGAAUGCUUGGCCUAGUUUCUCUGCCUCGGGAAAUUCGCUUCAGCCUGAGUCCAGCUCUGCGAAUCCUUUUGAAUCUGAUGGAAAUGGUGCUAAAAAAGAGGAUAGUUCUUGGGAGAGGAACAUGGCUCCAAAUAACAACUCAUCCUGGGGUGUUGCAGCAGCAGAAAACAAGGAUCAAGUUACUGGCUGGGGAAAAAGCAACUCUUGGGGCGCUAAAGUUGGAGGUGACAGCAGUCUGUCAGAUACUUUGCAAAAAGCAUCAGAACCUGCCAGUUCAUCCUGGGGUGUUGCAGCAGCAGUAGAUAACAAGGAUCAAGGUACUGGCUGGGGAAAAAGUGACUCUUGGGGCGCUAAAGUUGGAGGUGACAGCACUUCGUCGGAUACUUGGCAAAAAGCAUCAGCGCCUGCUAGUUCAUCCUGGGGUGUUGCGGCAGCAAUAGAUAAGAAGGAUCAAGGUACUGGCUGGGGUGCUAAGACUGGAUGUGACGGCACUGCAUCAGAUAGUUGGAAAAAAGCAUCAGAACCUGCUAGUAAUUCAUCCUGGGGUGUUGCGGCAGCAAUAGAUAAGAAGGAUCAAGGUACUGGCUGGGGUGCUAAGACUGGAUGUGACGGCACUGCGUCAGAUAGUUGGAAAAAAGCAUCAGAACCUGCUAGUAAUUCGUCCUGGGGUGUUGCAGCAGCAGCAGAUAACAAGGAUCAAGGUUCCGUCUGGGGCGGUAAUGGUAGUCAAAAACCAAGUGUUGCAGAUGAUAGUGGUGACAAAGGUUCUGCUUGGAAUAAGCCAGCUGAAGGUUCUUGGAGUAAACAAACUGGAGGAUCCUCAUGGGGCAAGCAAGCCGAUUGGAGCACUAAAGAGGGAUCAAGUACUGGUGAUGCAGGGUGGAAAAGUUCAACGCCUUCAGUAGAGAAUCAGACUGGGAGCUGGGGUAAUGCAGGUGGCUGGGCAAAAGCUCAAGGCAUAUCGGGUAAUGAGAAUCCUAAAGACAGUUGGAAGAAACCAAGUGGUAUAGAUGACAAUAAAAAUGCUUCGUGGAUCAAGGAAGAUGGAGGUUCUACCUGGAAUAAACAAGAUGGAGGUUCUACUUGGAAUAAGCCUGCUGGAGGUUCUUGGAGUAAAGGUGGGGAUCAAGGGUCUGGUGGUGGCUAUGGUGGCGAUGGUGGUGGUGGUAGAGGGGGUGGAGGUGGGAACUGUUUUAAGUGUGGUGAGUCUGGACACAUGUCUAGGGAGUGUCCUCAGGGUGGCGGUGGUGGUAGAGGGAGUGGAGGUGGGAACUGUUUCAAGUGCGGUGAGUCUGGACACAUGUCUAGGGAGUGCCCUCAGGGUGGUGGUGGUGGUAGAGGGGGUGGAGGUGGGAAUUGUUUCAAGUGCGGUGAGUCUGGACACAUGUCUAGGGAGUGCCCUCAGGGUGGUGGUGGUGGUGGUAGAGGGGGGAACUGUUACAAGUGUGGUGAAUCUGGACACAUGUCUAGGGAGUGCCCUCAGGGCGGAGGUGGUGGUAGAGGGGGUGGAGGUGGUAACUGUUUCAAGUGCGGUGAAUCUGGACAUAUGUCAAGGGAGUGCCCUCAGGGCGGCGGUGGUGGUAGAGGGGCAGGAGGUGGUAACUGUUUCAAGUGCGGUGAGUCUGGACAUAUGUCAAGAGAGUGCCCUCAGGGCGGCGGUGGUGGUAGAGGGGCUGGAGGUGGGAACUGUUACAAGUGUGGUGAGUCUGGACACAUGUCUAGGGAGUGCCCUCAGGGCGGCGGUGGUGGUAGAGGGGCUGGAGGUGGGAACUGUUACAAGUGUGGUGAGUCUGGACACAUGUCUAGGGAGUGCCCUCAGGGCGGCGGUGGUGGUAGAGGGAGUGGGGGUGGGAACUGUUACAAGUGUGGUGAGUCUGGACACAUGUCUAGGGAGUGUCCUCAGGGCGGCGGUGGUAGAGGGGCUGGAAGUGGGAACUGUUUCAAGUGUGGUGAGUCUGGACACAUGGCUAGGGACUGCUCUCAGGGAGGUGGUAGCUAUGGCAACUUCGGUGGUGGAGCAAAGUCCACUGAUUCAUGGAGCAAGCGUGCUUGGGGUACUGGAGAUGGUGGAAGUGGCGGUGAUGGAGCAAAACCAGCAGCAAGCUCUUGGGGUACCACAGAUGGUGGAGCAAAGGCCACUGAUUCAUGGAGCAAGCGUGCUUGGGGUACUGGAGAAGGUGGAAGUGGCAGCGGUGGACCAAAACCAGCAGCAAGCUCUUGGGGUACAGGAAGCUCUUGGGGUACAAAUGGUGGAAGUGGCGGAGCUGGUGGUGAAGCAAAACCAGCAGCAAGCUCUUGGGGUAAGGGGGAUGGUGGAAGUGGCGGACAUGGUGAUGAAGCAAAACCAGCAGCAAGCUCUUGGGGUAAGGGGGAUGGUGGAAGUGGCGGACAUGGUGAUGAAGCAAAACCAGCAGCAAGCACUUGGGGUACAGGAAGCUCUUGGGGUAAGGCAGAUGGUGGAAGUGGCAGAGCUAGUGGUGAAGCAAAACCAGCAGCAAGCUCUUGGGGUACAAAUGGUGGAAGUGGCGGAGCUGGUGGUGAAGCAAAACCAGCAGCAAGCUCUUGGGGUAAGGGGGAUGGUGGAAGUGGCAGAGCUAGUGGUGAAGCAAAACCAGCAGCAAGCACUUGGGGUACAGGAAGCUCCUGGGGUAAGGGAGAUGGUGGAAGUGGCGGAGCUGGUGGUGAAGCAAAGCCUGCUGAUCCAUGGAGCAAGCCAUCAGCAAGUGCUUGGGGUAAGGGAGAUGGCGGAAGUGGCGGAGCUAGUGGUGAAGCAAAGCCUGCUGAUCCUUGGAGCAAGCCAUCAGCAAGUGCUUGGGGUAAGAAAGAUGGUGGAAGUGGCAGCGGAGGGUGGUGAUAACUCUUCAAAUUUUCCAAAGUAAACCAAUGAAUGGUUCAGUGCCUGUAGAUAUAUUUCUUUUGCUCUAAUGCACAGAUAAUAGGGCCCUAAUCCCUGAAUCUGAUGACAGUAGUUAAUAUUUAUCUUGCUGCAUCUUUUUGAACCCA